ACUAAGUUAAGCUCUGCGUUUAGACUAAGUUCUGUGUUUUGGUGAUUGCGAUUAGGGUUCCACUAUCAUCGUUCUUCGUCUCUUCAAUCCGUCGUUUCGCUGACCUUUCACAAGACAUUGAUUUCUUUUCUGAACUCUUUGCUUUCUCUAUUGUUCAAUGUAUUUCUUUUAGUGCUUUUACAAAAAUCAAUUAUUCAAAGCGAGAGAAAAAGAGAAAACGUCAAGGGCAGAGCCCGACCUUUCUCUUCUUCUUCAUGAAGAUGCUACUGAAGCCUCAGAAAAAGGAAUCAGCUUUAUAUUAAAUCGACGAGAUUUAUCAUCAGGAUCAUUGAUUACUCUCGGGAAAAAAAAUCCAGCUUCCAGAUCUACCAGAUUUCAUACAUCUUUUUACUUCGGAUCAGGAGAGGAGUUCGAGAAGUUUACGGAAGACAUGAAUGAAGGACGAAUUCCACUCGCAGAACCCGCCGAUCGUGCACAGAGACAUCAAAUCGGCGAACGUGCUGAUGGACAAGAGCCUGAACGUGCAUCGAUACCAAAGAUGGCAUCAAAAAGAAGGAAGUUGUCUCCAUAGGAGAGGUUCAUUACCAAUUCUGAUGAACAGACACAGGAAGCUGAUUUCAUUUGCAUGGCUCGGGUUGUGGAAGUUCUGCAACAAAAUGGUUGGUCUUUCGUAUCUUGCACUGGCUGCAGCAAGAUCGAAGCUUGAGAAAAUUGGCAGUUCACUCCGUUGCAGACGUUGUGCUACUCCGAACGUCACAUGUAUUAUAAAGUACCAGGUUGAACUCUGCGUUGAUGAUGGUGUUGAUAAUGCCACUUUUGUGGUCUUCGACAGGGAGAUGGUGAAGCUUACUAAGCAUGAUGCAGCUGGCCUGACUCCCAAUGAGAUGAAUGGUGGUGGGGGCGAGGAACUCCUACAAUGUGUUAAAGACAUUGCUGGAAUUUUUUUUUUCCAGAUACGUGUGAUGCCAUUCAAUUUUACCCCAAGCCACCUUGCGUUCACUGUGUCUGUAAUCACUGACACCAUCGCUGCUGAGACGUUCAAAACCAACGGGGCUGAAUUUGUUGCGGGGGAAGGCAGCGAAGCAUCAGCAUCUGCCGGCAAAAAGGUUGAAGACAAUGAACCAAGUCCACCCCUUGCUGGAGGCGCAAAGCGUGAACAUAAGCACCCCCGUGAGUGAAGUCAAAAAGCGGCCACAACGUCAAUCCAAACUCUUCUUUCGUUUCCACUUCGCAGUUUCUCUUUAGAACUUUGCAUUUUUUCCAUGCUUUAAGUGUUGGUUUUUAGAAGUACACUAUUGGUUUUUAAUAUUUACCUAAUAGGGUUGACGUAUUAUUAUUUGGCAUGAUUGAUAAUUUAUUUUA